AUGGACGCUGUUAGAAUCCUUGGCCUGUUGGCUCUCUUGACUAUCUUUAGCGUUGUUCAAGGGGUCAACUUGGCGCUCGAUCAGCAUUCCCAAGCCUUGGAAUUCCCACAGGCCCGACGACUUACUGCGGCUAGUCUGCCCCCGAGUCUCAGAGUACGAGAGAUCGAAACAGUCGCCCUGAAGAGAGAGGCAAGUUUCGACUUUAUCCACGAAGCGCCGGAAGAUGGCACGGAAUACGUCUUCGCAACUACCCUCAACGUGGCAUCUCAACACCCGAUUCUCGCCCUCGAGGCUUUAGAUGCCGACAUAAAUGACAUGUCAUGCUCGGACUCAAAGAUCCAGCUGUCCAUCGGCUCGGCUACUCGGACGGAAGCCCUAAAGCAGGAACUUGAGGCGGUAUCGGAUUUUGUCGUGGUCACCUCCCAUGCAGGCUGUGACUUGGAAGGGGAAAGGUCCAUCCAUCGUGUGACGAAGACAACUGUCGAUCUUGCUCGUCAAGUAUUCACUCUGGAGAAAGUCAAAAGCGAUUGGCACGAUGCAAGUCAUUCCACCAGCGUGUCUUUCUCUCACAGGCACCGAUCAAGGAUCCAGAAACGCACAUAUACCUUGCAUCAGAAACGACAGCAGGAGUCAACGAGUGCGCCGACAACCACGAAGGUGGUAGGGGAAGGUUCUGCACCUUCCAUAUCUUUCCCAGCGGCUCCCACUGCAACAACGGGACUGCCUUCGACUGCGACAAAAUCGCUCGACAAGCAUUAUAUUGAUCAGAAGAUAUUUCCGCCAGAUACCCCUGCGGCUGACAUACCGCAAGGAGUGACAGUGACCUGUAAAAACUGCACGCUCCAAGGCGAUAUCGAGAUAACCCGAGGCUCGUUCAAUAUUUCUGGGAACACGAUUAAAGACACAAUCGCCUUUUUUGAUGACGGUGCACUUGAAAUCAUAUCGAAUGGCCUUUACGCGCAGGUUGAACUUGGCCUUGACCUUUCGUUGAGUCAAUCUCUGGCUUCCCUCAACAUAUCUCUCCCUACGAUUCCCCUCACUCCAUUUGAGAUACCAGGAGUUGUAGCUUUCGGGCCGCUGAUCCAACCGGAUCUCUCACUUAGCGUUAAUAUGGUUGAGAAGAUAGGGUUCUCUUAUGGCUUCAAUCUUUCGGUGCCCGAUAACUCGAAUAUUAAGAUCAACAUGAGUGAGCCCGGAAACUCCUCUAUCUCGGGUUUUGAUAAAACUAAGGUUCACGCACUAGAGUUUGAAUCUACAUCUGCACCGGCGUCCUUAAUUUUUAGUGUUACCUUUACGCCGCAGAUCCUGCUCGGGGUCAGUACGGCGAAGGGCUUAGUAUCCGGCGGUGUUGGAGCAUUCGUCAACUUGCCAAAAGUAUCUGUGAAUGCGACUCAACUGAGUCAUGUCAGUGAAAAGUGUGAGCCUGUGGAUGGUAAUGGGAACGAAGGUGACAGCUUGACAUCUGUCCUGGAUGAUGUCUUCGACAGCCUGACGCAUAUAGCCCCUUCGGUGGACAUCAACAUGGGUGUCCUAGCCAACAUGGAGGUCGACAUCGCCGAUUUCAGUGAAAGGAUAGGAGUAGAAGCUGUCCUGGCAUCAACCUCCUAUCCUUUACCCACCGCGUGUUUGAAGUAUGAUGCGGAGAGCCACACAUAUGGUACUCCGUCACGGACGCCAAGCGCCACCGCAACGUCCGGGUCAGUUAAAGGAGCCGACGACGGGUCGUCAGAAUCGGAUAAACAGUCUGGUGCCGCGAGCUUGGGAGAGAAUUUUGGUCUUCUACCGCUCAGUAUUUUGACGGCUUCGCUCAUUGCUGUUGGAUAUUGUAAUUAG